GACUGGACCAUCAUGGCGUCCGCAUGGUUAAAUAGGAAGAGAGAGCCCGCGGGAACAGGGCUUCCUGCAGCAACUCGCCUUCCUUUGCACCCUUCGCUCCUUCGUUCCUUUCUGGGCUUCAUUGAUUGAAGUCCUUUUCGUUCUUUUUUUCUUCUUUUACCAUACCCCGCAGUGCGGUGGAUCCUUUCAACAUGCCUCUUUUCAAAAUCGCCACUCUCCUGCUUGGCUCCAUCUCGCUGGUCGCCGGCCAUGGCUAUGUCUCGAGCAUCGAGGUGGACGGCGCCAGCUACGGAGGGUACCUGGUCGAUACUUAUUACUACGAAUCCGACCCGCCCGAGCUGAUCGCAUGGUCUACCAAUGCUACCGACACUGGUUUUGUCUCGCCCACCGACUAUGACAGUGCCAAUAUCAUUUGCCACAAGGGGUCCUCGCCAGGCGCGUUGUCGGCCCCUGUAGCCCCCGGAGGUUGGGUGCAGAUGACUUGGAACACCUGGCCUGACGACCAUCAUGGCCCCGUCAUUACCUAUCUGGCCAACUGCCACGGUUCAUGCGCGGACGUGGACAAGACCACCCUCGAGUUCUUCAAGAUCGAUGCUGGCAGUCUCAUCGAUAACACAAAUGUACCAGGUACAUGGGCAACCGAUGAGCUGAUCGAAGACAGCUACAGUCGCAACAUUAGCAUUCCCAGCGACAUUGCCCCGGGCUACUACGUUUUGCGGCAUGAAAUCAUUGCCCUCCACAGCGCCGAGAAUAUGGAUGGAGCUCAGAAUUACCCUCAGUGCAUCAACCUGGAAGUCACUGGCAGCGGAACAGCCACGCCGAGUGGUACCUUGGGUACUGCUCUGUACAAGGAAACCGAUCCCGGAAUCUACGUCAACAUUUGGAACUCGCUCAGCUCCUAUACCAUUCCUGGUCCCUCGCUGUAUACUGCUGGCAGUGCCGCGACCGCGACCGCCGCCACAACAGAUUCUGCUAGCACUACGGCUGCCGCUGUCACUACUGCGAGUGUGGAGACUACCGCGGCUGUAUCCUCGAUUACUUCCCAGACCACCGAGCCUAGUUUGGUGCCCACUCAGUCCACGGGCGUCAGCGUCACCUCGAGUCAACCUGGUCAAAUCAAGACUGGCGAGUCAGAGGGAAGCCCCGAUGGUGAGGAUUCUUUCCAUGAGCCUACCGCGACUACCACGGCCUCGGUCGCUACGUCUUCUUCGAGCUCGACAUCCUCAUCUUCGACGACCUCCGGUGUUUUGAGUGGCGCCUGCAGCCAGGAGGGUUACUGGUACUGCAACGGAGGUACGGCUUUCCAGCGCUGCGUCAAUGGCGAGUGGGAUGCAUCGCAGAGUGUGGCGGCGGGGACUGUCUGCACGGCCGGGAUUUCUGAGACAAUCACCAUCUCAGCCGCUUCGACCCGCCGGGAUGCCAUGCGCCGGCACCUGGCGCGUCACAACCGCCAUUAAGCGGGCGACCAGAUGAAGCUGGGAGUGAGAACAACGUUACGAGUGAAUAUAAUUGAAAAUACUUCAAAGAUCUUUGCAUAUACUGUACAUAGCCUAGAAUAGCGCAGC